GUGCAGUGGGGUGUUAGUGAUAAGUUUUAAAGGUCAAAUCUAUAGAUGGAAAUGUCCUAAGCUCCUAUUUUGUCAUCGAAAUAUUUCUGUGUAUUAUUACCAUUUUGGUGAUGAAAAGCUAGGACGGUUGCAAUAUCUCUACAAAUCUCAAGUGACAACUUAGAAAUGUUAAUUAGGAGACGGCGUCAGUGAUCAUUCAGUGUAGUGCUCGUUCGGUGCUGAUCGUGUGUCGUGUAGUGUCCGUGUCGGUGUCGUGUCGCAUCCUCCCGGGCCAUGACAGUUAUAUGGAUUUGGCCAAAUUGUGUGAAGAGAGACAAACGUUGGCCCUUUGACGGAUAAUAUUAUACUAGAUAAAGAUGUCUCACUAUCCCCAACCGUCCUCCCUGGAGGCCGCCCUGCCGCUGCUGUCUCGGCCGGACCUGCGUCUCCGGCAGCAGCUGGGGGAGCGUCUGGUGAGCCUGGUGCGCUCGGAGGAGCUGACCCCCGACCUGAAUCCCGAUCUGACCGGACCUCUGCUUGACGCGCUCGUCGGUUGGCUCAACGGAGGGAACUUUAAGGUCGCCCAGAACGGUCUGGAGGUGAUGUCGGCCCUCGUUGAACGUAUGGGCCCCGAGUUCUCACACUACGUGCCCACAGUGCUGCCUCACAUCAUAGACAGGCUGGCGGACACCAAGGAGGGCGUGCGGGUGUCGGCCCGCGCCUGCAUAGCGACCCUCAGCUCGUGCAGGGCGGCGGCGCCCAGGGCCAUACUCGCGAGACUCACUCCAGCGCUGGGGCACAAGGCGGCGCACACCCGGGAAGAGGCGCUCACCUGCAUAGGAACGCUACUGCAUGAACACGGCGCAGCGGAGUUACAGCUGCGGGGUGCGGUCCCGCAGGUGGCGGCGCUUCUAGGAGACCCCAGUGGGGCCGUCAGGGACGCCGCGCUCGAACUCAUCGUGGACGUCUACAGACACGUCGGGGAGAGGCUCCGGCAGGACCUGCGGAGGAAGGACCUCGUGCCGCAACAGAAGAUGGCGCUGCUGGAACACAGGUUCGACGAGGCAAAGGAGGCCGGCCUGCUGCUGCCCUCGGCGUUGGGCGCGGACGAGGCGGACUGCGCUCCUCGUGUGAAGCGCGCCCUCACGCUGCCCACGCCGAGAGGACGAGAAGAUACUUCAGGAUCCAGUACACCCGCGGGUGAGCCGAAGCGUACAGCGGCGGGUCUGUACAGCCUGCCGUCGGCGAGCAGGAAGCCGCCGCCGCCCACCAAGCUGAACAGCGCGCAGAGCGCGAGCGGAAGCGGAGGCGGAGGGGUGGGCGGCGAGGCGGGCGCGGUGUCCAACGAGUCGUUCGAGGCGGCGUUCGCGAGCACGGCCCCCGCCGCCGUGUACGGAGCCCGCGGCCUGGACGACCUGUGCCGCCACGCCGCCGCCCUGCUCGGGGACCGCGCCGCCGACUGGGAGAAGAGGGUCGACGCUUUGAAGAAGAUCCGCUCGUUGUUAGCGGCGAACGCACACGUUCAGUUCCCGUCGGAGUUCGCGGCGCACCUCAAGGACCUGUCGGUGCCGUUCCUGGUGGUCAUCAAGGACCUGCGCAGCCAGGUGGUGAGGGAGGCCUGCAUCACCAUCGCCUACAUGGCCAAGGUGCUGCGGAACAAGCUGGACCAGUUCAGUCUCUACAUACUACAGGAACUCAUCAACCUCAUACAGAACGCCGCCAAGGUGGUGUCGUCGGCGGGCACGGUGUGCGUGCGGUACAUCGUGCAGCACGUGCCGGCGCCGCGCCUGCUGCCGGUGCUGGUCACCAACCUUACCACUCACAAGAGCAAGGAGAUCCGCGCCACGCUCAGCGAGGUGCUGCUGCUGCUGCUGCGCUCGUGGCCGCGGCCGGCGCUGGACCGGCACCAGGCGGCCAUCGCGGACGCCAUACGAAAAGCCUGCGCCGACGCCGACAGCACGGCCAGGAACAACGGCAGGAAAGCGUUCUGGUCGUACAAGAGUCAGUUCCCGGAGCAAGCGGAGGCGCUGUUCAGUCGCAUGGACGUGGCCGCGCAGAAACAGCUGGAGAGAGACAAGGCCGGCUCCAUGGACGGACUGCAGCAGUUGAUACCCGAGAGAACUAGAACCAUCACCAGUCCGCGGAGUCCUUCGGCCAGCGUGUCCGCGUCCACUGAGAGCCUGGUGUCGGUGGUGAGUCGCUCGGGUUCUCUCCGCCGGCGCCGCUCGUCCCAGGAGCGUCCGCCCAUCUCUCACAUCCCGGUGGCCAUGCGAGAUCGUUCGCCGGCCACCGGCUGCGUGUCGUCCCGGUCCGUGUCGGCGGUGGACGCGGCGGCCGCCCAGCGAGCCCGCGCCCGAGCUGUUUACUCGCACCUCGCUAGGACUAAAGUCGCCGCCGGCAGCGCCAGUCUGCCCCGCGUCAAACGUUCCCCGGUGGCGGCGGUGCCCCCCAGCCCUGAGCGGAGCGUGCGGUCCAGGUCGCGCCCCGGAGUAUCGCAGUCACAACCGACGUCCCGGUCGUCGUCUCCGUCGUCUCGCAGCGGUCCCGUGUCGCUGUCGUGUCGCCGCCGUCCGUCCGGGAUCCCCAGGUCGCUGGCGGGGUCUCGAGAGACCAGUCCAACCCGCACCCGCUCCGGCAGCCUCGCUCGUCGCCGGGACUCCGUGGACCGCCGCCCCCCCGCCGCGACGCUGCGACUCCUGCAACAGUCCAGAGACGCCGAGAACGCGCUGCGGAGUCCCGAGGACAGCUCGUCGUGUGAGGUGCGGCGAGACGAUGACUCGGAGGCGUCCUCCGUGUGUAGCGAGCGGAGUCUGGACUCGUACAGGAGACACGACAGCGUGUCCUGGUCGGGGUCCAGCCGCCUGGUGUGGGAGGGGUCUCCGCCGCCCCCGCCUCCCGCCGAUGACGUCAUAGCACUGUGCGCCUCGACACACUGGACCGAGAGGAAAGACGGACUGACGCAUCUAGCGAACUAUCUGAACAGCGGGCGACUGCUGACGGAGGAUCAGCUGAAGAGGCUGACGGACUUACUCAACAAGAUGUUCGUAGACGCUCACACAAAGGUGUUCUCCCUGCUGCUGGACGCCGUCUGUGAGCUGCUGCUGGUGCACUGGCAGCAGCUCAGGGACUGGCUCUACCAGCUCAUGUUCAGAUUACUGAUGAAGCUCGGCACAGACAUCCUGGGCUCCGUGCAGAGUAAGAUCAUGAAGACGCUGGACGUCAUACACGAGUGCUUCCCCGCGGAGCUGCAGCUGCAUAACAUAUUCAGGUUCCUCGCGGACGGAGCGACGGCCCCCACCGCCAAGACGAAGGCGGCCGCGCUGCGCUUCCUGGCCGACCUCGCACACGACUACUGCACGCCCGCGGGCCUCGCCGCCGCCUUACACGGCGGCUCGUCCGGCGUGGCGGGUCGAGCUCUAACGAAGGUGGCGGUCCUGGCGGGAGACGCCCGCGCGGGCGACGUGCGCCACUGCGCCCGGCGCGCCCUCGCCGCUCUGUAUGAUUGUAACCCCGGCCCCUUCACGACUCUCAUGUCGGAGCUGUCGGCCGACACGCAGGCGCUCGUCAACGGGGUGGUGCAGCAACACGUCAGGAGGACCUCCAGCACCGGCAGCGACAGUCCGCUGAGGUCGACGGCCGCGCCCGACGACGUCUACAGCCGGAUACGGAAGACGACCAGCGAGAUACACACGUACACCACGCAACACGCGAACGCGGAGUGCGCGAGCCACGCCUGCAGCAAGGACUCGGGGAUCAGUCAGAUGUCGGAGCGGCACAACGGGCACGCGCAUGAGGCGGUGGCUCGAGCGGCGUCCGCGGACAGCUCGGAGGCGAGCAGCACCAAGGAGUCCUCGCCGGGCCCGCACCGACCCGACUAUCACGGAGAAUACAACGCGACCGCCGGAAACAACAACAGAGACAAGAUGAAGCCCUACGAGAUGGACGAGAACGGGAUGAUCAUCACCAAGUCCGGACUCCGCGAGAGUGAGGUGCUGGAGGCGCUGUCCUCCCUAGACGUGGCGGCGGCGGCCCCGGAACACACGGAGCGUUUGCUGCUGGCCACGCACGAGGUGCUCAAGUACGGAGACUGCCGGCUGCCGCUGGAGUACUUCAAGAACAUCGUCCGCGCCGCGCUCGCCGCUCUCUCCAUCGACGACAACUCGGCAGACAAGGAGAACGCCGAGAAUGCCACCAACACACAGCACGCCUCAGGGUGGGGCACGGCCCAGGAGCGGGCGGCGGCCGAGGCGGUGCGCGUGCUGGUGUGGCUGUGUCGGCGGACGGAGACGCGUGCGCUGUGGGCGGAGUACUUCGACCUCAUCCUGCUCAAGCUGAUCAACGCGUACGGAGCCUCCAGCAAGGAGGUCAUGAGGGCCGUGGACGCGGGCAUGACGCACAUCGCACACGCGCUGCCGGCGGCACAGGUGCUGGCGCUCCUGAAGCCCGUGAUCCGGACUCGCGGGUACCCCACGUCUCUGUGCGCUCUCAAGCUGGCGGCCGAGGUGGCGAAGGCUCGAGGAGACGAACUGACGGACGAGACAGUGGCGCAACUCAUGGAGGGAGUCGGGCAGCUGGCCGACCACCAGAACUCUGCGGUGCGCAAGGCGGCCGUGUUCUGUAUGGUGGCCUUCACGUGCGCUCUCGGCGACGAGCGGAUGACGCCCCACCUGAAGCACCUGUCCGUCAGCAAGUACCGCCUCCUGCAGGUUUACAUCAGUAAGCAGCGCGAGGAGUCCUCUCGGCCCCCUCCACCCUCCUCCACACACUCGUAGCGACCCGCCCUCGUCUCGCGGCACACACAGACGGACUGACACACGCACACACGCACACACCGGCCCGUGUGAUGAUCUAUGUGCGAGCAGAGCUCGCUCGGUACGUUCGGUGUAAGGCUCCCGUGUCAUGUGUGUGGUGUCGCCGGCCGCCCUGCGCCGCCCUGCGCCUGUCUGAGCCGGUCUCGGCCUGGAGGCGGGUGUUGAAUGUAUAUUAUAUGACCAGUAACUGUAUCACCCCCCCCCCCCCCUCCCUCCCGAGGCCGGCUGACAGGCGGAAUGUAUCCAAUGAUGUAGCACCAGGUGACGGGCCGGCGUCCUGUCGGCGUGUCGGCGGACGAUCUCUUCAUAAUAUUUGUAUAUAUUUCUGUGGAGUAUUUUUUUGUGAACGGAUCAUGUGAAUUUCGUCAACGUAGAUACAUUAGGGGUCUCGGUGUCCCGCGCGGGCCCGGGUCUCCGCCCCCGCCCCCGGGCCUCCGGGCGUUCAUCCUCCAGUAGCAUGCGUUCAUAUUUCUGUUCGAGACUCGCUAGAAGACUUAGUAUGGGAUUAGCGUUGAACCUGGGUAACUGUUGAUAUUAUGUGUUAUUUUAAAAGACAUUACAUGUUUAAUAUAUUUUAUGAGCUAGGAUCUGUUACUGUCGCCCCUCCCCCCUCUCCUCCUCUCCCCUCCCCCCCACUCGUCGUGUUUCACAUAAUAUUGACAGUCCGGUCUAGUUAUCAGUAGGCGAUGAACAAAAUACUGUUCUUAAAUUAGAGAUCGGAGUCGGGUGACUCGUGUUGAGUCUCAGAGGAGAGAAUGAGUGAGAUCUGGAGUGAGUGAGAGUGAGUGUCGUAGCGAUAUACUUUACGGUGCAUAGUCGUGUAGCUUUCUGUCGUUAGAGCGCGGUGUGUGCCUGUGUGCGUGUAUAGUCGUCUCGCUCGCUCACUGUCGGACUCCUGUGAUGGCGUCGGAGUGCUCGUGCCUUUCACCGAAUCCUUUCGUUAUUUGAUACCGUAGUGGAGCCUGGGCCCGGCCGGGCCCGGGGCCGGGUCGGUUCCUUGUUCUCGGUGUUUGGAUGUACAUUAUGUAUUAAACUAUAUUGACAGCCGGCGCUCGGCGAACGUUUGUGAUUUAAACCAAAAGUUGGUUCAAAAUGUUACUUCUCUGAUUAUUAUCAUUAACUCUAUUUUGUUAUCUCGCGCCUCGUCUCGCGGCCGCGCCCGUCCGCGGGAGCCGUGUCCGGGGCGGGGCGCGGCCGCGGCGGACGGCGCGUGUGACGUCACUCGCCGGUAACUUCACACCUCACUAAUAUUAUUAAUUUCUCGUUUGUAAUGUCGUAGGAGCGAGUGACGUCACAGGCCGCGUCUCUCGCUCGAAGGCUAUUCAUGAGACGAUAGCGAUUCAUUUUGUAUUUCGUAACCGCUUUAAUAUUAUCGUUAGUCGCUAAUUUUUUUACAAAAAAAAUCGAGGGCGAGUUUCAAUCGAACGAGAAUCUCAUCGACAUCACAAACCGUGCUUCAGACUGUUCCGCGUCAGGUGCGCGGUCUCCGGGCCGCGGGUUGACAGCGACACGAUUGAAACGAGUCCGAGGUCCCGCGGCGGAGGGCGCGGCUCCCGGCGAGGCGCUGGUCGUCGGGAGCCGCGCCCUCCGUGUGGGGGACGGCGCGCUGUAUGAGGCCGGCCCGCGUGGGUCGACCUUCUAAUGUUAGUCGUCGUUCGACACAUGCCUCACGCCUGAAGCACAUCGGUCACCCAUCUAGUCACCGACUCGCUCUAACACAACUUAACGUUAUCACGAAUCAUGAAGUUGCUGAUCAAUAAUUUGUUCUCCGGACGCCUCAUACAGCGCGGUAUUUAUUUUUGCAUUUAUCUCGUAACGCUUGGUGCGCGCGUGUUCUCUGUGUUGAUAUCUGGAACUAUUUAAAACUAUUAUUAAAUAUUAAUGUACAAUAGUUAUGAUUAAAAUGAUUUUUAAGCAA